CUGUUUUAGAUAAAAAGAUGCGCAACGUAUUCGGAGACAUGAAGCUCGAAGACGACCCGCAAGCAUUUCUACACAACCGCAAGUGUAGACCAAAAUAUUACUGGGAGUUAGUGACAUAACUUUGUCAACAUGGGAGUCCAAGGACUGAAGACCUUCAUUGAGAGUAGCAACAGAAAUGCUUUAAGAAGCUGGGCUUUUAGAGAUACUCGACUAAUAAUCGAUGGAUGUAACUUAUACUACACCCUGUAUUUUGACUGCGAUUUGGAUCAGAUGCACGGAGGAGAUUAUGAUGACUUUGAGGAGGUGAUCAUCAUGUUCUUUGAGAACCUCAGAGAGUGUGACGUUCAACCUUACGUUGUACUUGAUGGCGGCGCUGACCACACUGACAAAAAAUGGGACACUCUUAAGAAACGAAAACAGGAGAAAAUAAAUGCAGCCUGUGCCUUGUCAGCAGGGAAAAGAGGCAAGGUCCUUCCUAUUCUCGCCAAAAAUGUCUUCAGGCAGGUCCUUCAUAAGCUCAAGGUACCGCUCAUUCAGUGUAUUGAAGAAGCCGAUUGGGAAAUCGCUGCUUUGGCGCAAGAAUGGAAUUGUCCAGUUUUGUCCAACGACAGCGACUUCUUUGUAUUCAAGCUCAGGGCGGGAUUCCUGCCCAUCACGCAAUUCCAGUGGAAAAACGUGAAAGUGAACAGACGCACAAACCAAAAAUUCAUCCAAGCCAAACACUACACAGUGGGAAAAUUCUGCGAGUCCUUCGAGAUGAACCCUGAGCUUUUCCCAGUUUUCGCUACCAUCUUGGGUAAUGAUUAUGUGAAGCUGCAAAAUAUCAAAAGCUUGGACUGGGAGAAAUACUCAACGCCUGACAUGGAGCAUGCCCAAAUUCAUGGUUUGCUUAACUGGUUAUCUCAGUUCCCAAAGCGAGAUGCAGCUGUAAGUGCUUUGCUGAAACUAACACACAACAAAGAAAAACCCCUUGUCCAAGAAGCGCUAUCCAAGGGAAUCCAAGAGUACAAGCUCAUCCCUGGCUAUCUUGCUCAGUGCUUUCACUCAAAGACGAUUCCAAGCAUAGCUUCUAAAGGUCCACUGCAAGUUCUGCCUAAAUGGACCUUGGAGCUCCUACUUGAGGGAAAGAUGUGCUCUUCCAUUAUCGAUGCACUGUUACAUAAAAGGGUUUCCUUGGCAAUCCAGGUUGAAGAUUUCCAACUGGCCAGUAGCAGUGAAACCUCUCGUCCAAUACGUCAGGUGAUUUAUGGGUUACUGUUGGGAGAACAACAGAGUGCACCUGUUAAAACAUUCACUCACGCAAGCAAGCAGUAUGUAGAGGAAUAUGGCAGGCAGCAAUCAACACUAAGCAGUGAGAAAGUUGAAGCCAUACAGACAAGGGUGAUUGAAGGACUUCAACUGAAAAGAUUAUUCAAGGAACCAUGCAACGUGCGACUUCAGGUGCUCCUGGACACUUUGGGUGUUUUGUCAGAGACAUAUACAGAGAUUCAACCUGCUCUACAGCUGCAGCUUUUCGUGACACGUUACUGGCUAUUGAACGCACAACCUCCGCCGUCCAAGGAGCAUCUUUGGGGGCUACUACUGGGAAUGGUCUAUGGACAGUUAAGCAGUACACCUCAAACUCAAAGAGACAUGCUGUUGAAACUUAAGAAACUACAAACCGGUCGAAAGGUCUUUCUGGAGCAUAAAACGGCUCAUCUAUACAGCCAGUGGCAGUCCUGCCUGAAGUGGAGUCUCUGUCUCAAUCGCUUACUGUAUUUUCCUGUAUCUGAACCAGAGGUUGCACGUUUGUACCGUGGAAAACUGGUGCACCAGAUUGUUGAAGAGCUCUGGAGAGGAAUCACUCUGCACUCUCUGCUGGUGAAGGGUUCAAACAUCGAGCGGCUCUUCAAAAAGCUGAAGGAUGCAGUUGUGAGCUUGAUGGGAGAAGACUUCAUCAAGAAAAUGAGAACAGCCGAGCACAGAGCUGCUGGGAAAACACAGAGAGACUGCAAGAGUCAGAAUCUGCUCGUAGAUGAACUGAGCAAUGGCUUCGAACUUCUGAUGUUUGAGGAUAAUGAUGACGGUGAAGAUGACGAUGAUCUCAAUGAGAAAAGGAGGAAGAAUAAAGCAAAGGAUCACAAAGCUGAAAUUCCUGAUGUUUCCUACACCAUCCGUACCAGACACAAGGCUAAAGCUCGCAAUGCUGAUCAUCCCUCUAAAAAACACGACAGGAGAUGCUUUGAAUAGCACUUAAAAGACAGGCCUCCAGAAAAACAGAAUUUUUUAUUUUAAAUGACGAUUUGUGUACUUUACACAAUAAUCACAUCACUUAGUCCUGUUUUUGUCAUCUUGUAUUAUGUAUUAAUAAUCGUUGCCUGAAUUAAGCAAAAAUUAUUUGGUCUUGGUCUAGAUGUUGGUCUUUUAUUGCGUUAUAAGUAACAGGAGUAUGAAAUAUUAAUUUUUUUAAAUCUUGAUAUUGUGUAAAUAACAGAUUUCUAUAUUACUGCAUAAUGCAUUUAUGAGUGUUUAGAUUAAUUGUAAAUGUUUGCAUUACAUGAAUUAUAUUAAAAUCUAAAUGGUUAGAUCUUUCAUACUGUCAAACUGUGAACAAUUAAGGUAUUAUAAAAAAUGUAUUUGGAUUUCCAUGAUUGAAUUCAAUAAAUUUUAACUUGAAAAUGCA